AUGUCGGCAGCUACAAAGGAGAUCCUCGCCCGCGUGCGGCAAAUGGUGCCGCCGAUGCUGGACAAGUUCCACAAGGGUCAAUUGGGCCGCGUCGCCGUCAUCGGCGGCAGUGAGGACUACACCGGCGCGCCGUACUUUUCGGCCAUGGCCAGCGCCCGCCUGGGAUGCGAUAUGUCCCACGUCAUCUGCACCCCCGGCGCCGCGGCCGUGAUCAAGACCUACUCGCCCAACCUCAUGGUCCACCCGCUCAUGCGCCAGUCGCCCCCGGCCGCCUCGGACGACCUGCCGCUCUCCGAGACGGACCCGGCCCAGAUCUCGCGGCGCAUCAUAGACAUGCUGCCCCGGCUGCACGUCCUCGUCAUCGGGCCCGGGCUGGGCCGCGACCCGCUCAUGCAGGACACGGUGGCGCGGGUGGUCGCCGCGGCGCGCGAGAGGCGGGUGCCCGUCGUGCUCGACGCCGACGCGCUGCUCGUGGUGCAGCGGGACCCGGGCCUGGUGCGCGGGUACGCGCUCGCCGUGCUGACGCCCAACGUCGUCGAGUUCGGGCGGCUGUGCGGCGCGCUCGGCGUCGAGGGCGGCAAGGUCGGGCAGCAGGCGGCUUCCGCUGCCGACGCAGGCGGUGACGGCGGACGGAGGGAGGAGACGGCGCGCGUCGAGGCCCUGGCGCGGGAGCUCGGCGGCGUGACGAUCGUGCAGAAGGGCGGGUGCGACUACGUCUCGGACGGCCGGACGACGAUGGCGUCGGACCUCGAGGGCGGGCGCAAGCGCAGCGGCGGGCAGGGGGACACGCUGACGGGCUCGAUCGCCACGUUCCUCGCCUGGCGCAAGGCGUACCUCGACGGGCUGUGGGAGCACGGCGGGAAACUGGACGAGGGCGAGAUGGUUGGGCUCGCGGCUUUUGGGGGCAGUGCUGUCACGAGGGAAUGCUCCCGCCUGGCUUUUAAGAAAAAGGGCCGCAGUCUGCAGGCGAGCGAUCUUACGGACGAGGUGCACACGGCGUUUUUGAACCUCUUUGGCGAGGAGGAUGGGGAUGGCUCUGGGUCGAAACUCUGA